CACUCCAAGUCGUCUUCGUCGAGUCAAAAACGACAAAACCGCAAGAGGAGAGAACAGGUGCCGCGAAAAGAAACGAAGCAAAACAAUCUCGUUUGUGAGCAUCCGAUUUAGCUAUGGCGGAAGACCUGGUGCUGGACACCGCGAUCAGAGAUUGGGUCUUGAUACCGCUCUCGGUGGUGAUGGUCCUAAUCGGAAUCCUCCGGUACUUUGUUUCCAAACUUAUGCGCUCGUCGUCUCAAGUUCCAGAUGCUAAGAUCGUCAAAGAAGGGCAAGUGAUUGUUAGGGCUCGGAACUUGCGUGCCAAUGCCAAUUUCAUACCUUCCAAGUCCUUUCGUGCUCGAAAGCUCUACUACGGCAACGAGCAUCUUACUGUUGGGGCUACUCGAGCUUUAAGAAUGGGUAGGUUUAGUGAUAGUUCGGAGAUUAUGCAGCAAUCGUUACCUGCCUGCGUACUGUUUGAAAUGCUGACCAUAUUUGAUGUUGCACGUUCGCAGGAGAAUGGGCUGUUACAUGUUCCAAAGGGCCAGGGUCAAAAUCCUCAGGCACAAAUGUUCUCUGAUCCAAACAUGGCUAUGGAUAUGAUGAAGAAAAACCUUUCCAUGAUCAUACCCCAGACUCUUACUUUUGCAUGGGUCAACUUUUUCUUCUCUGGCUUCGUUGCAGCAAAGAUACCCUUUCCACUGACUCAGAGAUUCAGAUCAAUGUUACAGAAUGGGAUUGACUUGAGCACCGUUGAUGUUAGCUAUGUCAGUAGCCGCUCAUGGUACUUCCUGAAUUUGUUUGGACUGAGGGGUUUAUUUAGUCUCAUCCUGGGUGAAGAAAAUGCAACGGAUGAUACCCAACGCAUGAUGCAAAUGAGUGGCUUUGGCUUUGAUCCGACAAAGAACUUGGGUGCUGAGAAAGAAAGUCUUGACAUAGUCCAACAUGACUGGGCUCUCCCGAAAUUUGAGCAGCGUGCUGAAGCUACCCUCAAGAAACUCAUCAUCUGAGCAUUAGCCAUUUGCAUCAACUAAUUGAGGCUUACACAGAAUGUGGUUAGUAACUCUUGUUUCCCUCCACUCAUGGUGAAAUUCGACUGCUGUCUGUGAAGUUGACAAGGCUUCAACAAUCCGAGUAGCUGGGGAUGGUUUUCUUCUUAAAGUUAAUUAUAGUACUCAGCAGAAAAUUUUCCACAGUGAUGGCCAUACCAACCGUUUCUUUUCUGCGUUUUGAUCUACAUGGAUCUCUCUUUAUGUAGAAGUAUUCUGCUUAGUUUGCUGUCGGAUUAUUUUUCUUGUAUGAUAUAUGGAAACAAUUUAUAUUCCAUUAUCAUGUGAUGUUGGACACUUAAAUGAUGGGGGCCUAGACAUUUUUGCAGUUUUGAA